UUGAAGGAGGGCAGAGGGCAGUGAGGCCGCCGCCGCCAGCUUGAGUGUGGGCAGCGGACCCGCUGAUCGCGGCGGGCGAGUCGCUUCGGGCCGCGGGAGGGAGAGGAGACGCCGCCCUCGCGCUGCCAAGCGGGCCGGGAGUGGGAGGGGCUCCGGCCUGCGGGAGCCACUGGGCCCGAGUGCAGGAUGCCGAGGAAGAAGAAGCAUGCAGAAAGCCCUGACUUUCAGGGCCCGGACGGGGAGGAGGAAGAGCCGAGGGGCCUGGUCGAUGCCAAGAAGAAGCGUAGUUUUGUGGAUGCCUUUAUUGUUAUAUCUGACAGCGAUGGAGAGCAGGAGUCAAAGGAGGAGAAUGGAUUACAGAAGAAAAGAACCAAGCAGCAGCUGGACAGAGUGAAGUUUGCUGCUAAAAGAAAAAUUGCACAGAUGACUGAAGAUGAGCAGUUUGCAUUGGCUCUGAAAAUGAGUGAGCAGGAAGCCAGACAAGUGAACUGCCGGGAAGAGGAAGAAGAGGAGCUUGUGAGGAAGGCCAUCGCCGAGAGCCUUAAUAGCUACCAGCCUUUAGAUUCCCCUGCUGAGACCUCUGCACCACCUCCUGCACCGACAACGUGCGUGCCAGCGCAGAGCCACCCGGCUGAGCGAGGAAAGGCUGAGAUCCAUGGAGCUGUGCCACCUGGCCCCGACUCCCCACAGUCGGACUGCAGCUCCCACUCCCGGAGCACAAAAGCUGAUGGGAAUGGACAGGCAGAUGUUGCCAAGAGCCCCCUUGUAGUGCUGACGAGGUUAAGCCAGGAAAUAGUUGAAAGCUCACUACUAUCCAGCAUAAUCGUACCUCCAGGGAAGAGCCAGCCUUUAACAAAGUCAAAUGAAAAGCCUUCCUCGCCAGCAAGAAGCAAUUCCAGGGACACGUUACCCAGCCCUUCUGGGGAGAAGCUGAUCUCCCUGAGUCCCACCUUUGCCCGGUUUACUCCGGGCACUUGGCAGCUGACGCCUCGGAGAUUGUUUUCAGGCUCGUGCAGCACUUCAAAAGCGAUGGGAGGGGAACGAGACAAGCAGCCUCCUGCUGCUACUGGAAGUUCUGCAGGGGAGCCUGCUGCUGGCAGCUCAGCAGUGCUCCGGAAGAGCAGGGCCCUGGAGCUGGGCAGCAUUCCAAGGAAGAACUGUGGAGCAGGAGGCCCCGAGUGUGCACCACCACGUGGGCACAGCGGGCAAGGCUCUGUUUGUGGUGAGCACGUGGAACGUACGGAGGGACCCGACAAGGCACCUGAGCUUUGUACACUGAGCAUGGCCGAUGAAAAGUGCAAGCAGGAAGAUGCUAGAGACACAGUGCACUAUUAUUGGGGUAUUCCAUUCUGCCCCAAAGGGGUGGACCCAAACCAGUAUACCCAAGUCAUCUUGUGCCAGCUGGAGGUGUAUCAGAAGAGCCUGAAGCAGGCUCAGAGGCAGCUUUUGCAGAAGAAGGAGUUUGGUGAUCCAGUUGUUCCCUGCUCUUCUCCCCUGAGCCAGAAUGAGCAUGGGAAAGGGGAGCGAAUAAACAGGGAAAAUGGUGUUCCUGACGACACAGAAGAUGGCAGGAAGGAGCCAGAGAGUACUGCCUGGCUUCUCUCCACAAAGAACAGGGAGCCCGAGCAGAAUCCAGGGCAGAACUUGGAAGAGGAAAAGAACUCUACGUCCGAGGAUGAACCAACCACCAGCUAUUGCCAGGGGCCAACCUGUGCAACACACCAGCCGCCAGCAAAGGCCUCCCAGGCGCUAUUUGCAGAGGACAUGCCUGAAGAUGGGGAACCAAUGCAGAUUACACAGAGCAUUUCUGCCUUGACCCCAUUUGGCAGUAAGAGGAGCCCAGAGGUGGCCGUGGAGAGCCCUGCUGCUGAAGAAGAGAUCCCUGUUUGCCCUGAGACCCAGCCAAAUCCAUCGGAAGCCAGUGAGCCGGAGAGAGAAGAGCUCCAUUCAGCCAGCAAAGACACACCUAUGCAGGCUGCUGGAGAUGAAGAAGCUGGGAACAUGGCAUCUGAAUGCAGCCCGUCCGCUGAUGACAGUGUGUCAUGCCCGCUGUGUGAUCGAGGGUUUCCAGCCACUGAGAUUGAGCUGCAUGCCAUGUACUGUAACGGCAUCGUGGCGCAGGAUGCAAGUGAAGAUGUUCCAGAUGCCUGGAGAGCAGGUCUGCGGCGCUGCUUGUUGGCUCCACUCUUCAGAACGCUAGUCUGGAAAGACUGCAGCAGCUACUGGCAAUCUGCGCUCGCUCAGCGACAGAGAGAAACAAGAAGUAGAGCUGGCAGAGGUAGAGACAUCCCGACCCCCGUAGACGUUGACAACUCCACCUCCUCCCUCCCACACAGAGACUCCGAAGAGAGGGUCUGACGGUGCCGUCUCUGCCAGGGAAGCUAUUCUGCCGUUACAAACAGUGGAUGGCAACAUCACGAAUGGAAUUAGACUAAUUACAGAGAGGACAGCUUCUGUUUAGACACAUUAUCUGGUAAUCAGCACUGCCUGGAAAGAAAGCAUCAGAGAAGAACUCACUGCGUGGAGUGUGCUGGGGGCUCUCCUUGCACGUACUGGAGAGCGUGGGGCCCCUCACUUCCCUCCAGUAACCGAGACACCUCUCCUGAACAGCGAUUGCUGUUUCCACUGCUCUGUCCCCAGUUAUCCCCUGCCAGCCCAGAUGGGCACGGCCGCUGACUGCACAGGCCUCCAGAGUAGUACCUGCUCAGUCCUGCGGGCUGUGAAGUAGGGAGAGGGAAGAGACAGACUUGGGCUGCUAAUCAGACAAGAUCAGCCAGCCCUAGGAACAUGGCUCCCUGCUUUAACACGCUGGGUUUGCUUCUCCAGCAACAUGUAACUCCCUUGUGCAUGCCCUGAACUCUUCAUUUCUACAGUUUGACAGGGUGUUUUAUGGCUGAGCCAUCAGCUGAGCUGAUUUCAUUACCAUCCCACUGCUGCAGCCGCAGGGGACAGAGAAGCAGACAGGGGAAACAGCUGAUCACUCCGUUGUUUUGACUGGCAUCGGGCUGGCUUUAUGGGCGAUCCCACUGAGCCAAUGCUGCUCCACAGACGUGCCUCAUCAGUGGAAUGGCCUGGAGAAGUAGAACGCCACGGUGGGCGUAAGUGACAGCCCAGCUGCAGAGUGAAUCCUAAUGCACUCCUCUGCUUCCCUU